AAAAACUAAUACAUAUAAUCAUAUAAACCUAACGCAGUGACUGUUUCUUGCUCUUGUGCUCUUCAUUCCGACGGCUGUUUGAUCCCCUGCUCAGAUACAUCGUCGUCGAUCCAUCUCCUGGCAGAUUACUUGGUGCCAUAAAUAACCUUUGAAGAGCUAAAAUGGCGGAUGAGGAAUUGGUUGAUCCAAAACUGUACCUCGAGGAAACUUGCAAACCAAAGUGUGUAAGACCUUUACGUGCAUAUCAGGCAUGUAUUGAAAGAAUCAAAGGGGAUGAAUCCGGACACAAGCAUUGUACAGGGCAGUACUUCGAUUACUGGAAGUGUGUCGAUCAUUGUGCUGCCCUUAAGCUUUUUGAUAAAUUGAAGUGAUCAGCCGGUGAUUGGUGGUUUUGAUGCUUUUCCAAUCAGUCGCACUAUUUUACUUCUGCAGGAUCAAUUUUUCUGCGAACCAAUGCAAGUAACUAAUAAAAGGACAAUUAUUUAAAAAUAUUUAUGUGUGGCGUUCCGGUGUUUUGUGUUCACCCAUUUUGUGCUUGGGAUCUUUCUGACAAUUUAUGAGAUAAACAUUUAUGGUUA